AUGACCGCCAUUAGCAACGAAAUCACAGCUCCUCUUCUUCAGCAGCAGCAGAAGAAGAAAAACGCUGCCGCGUCGACCUCCGGCGCUAUUCCAGAGGAGGACGAUGCUGACGACGACAAUCUCCAGAACUCUCCGAUCGAGCAAGUUGCGCUCACCGUCCCGGCCACCGACGACCCCUUUGUCCCCAGCGUCACUUUCCGGACAUGGACCCUCGGCGCCCUCGCCUGCGUCCUCCUCUCUUUCCUCAACCAGUUCUUCUGGUACCGGAAAGAGCCACUCUCCAUCACCGCCAUCUCCGCCCAGAUCGCGGUGGUUCCCCUCGGCCACUUAAUGGCCUUCGCCCUCCCCAACAGAUUGCUCUUCCGAGGGACCAGAUUCGAAUUCAGCCUGAAUUCGGGCCCUUUCAAUGUGAAGGAACACGUACUCAUCACAAUCUUCGCCAAUUCCGGAGCCGGCAAUCCCUACGCGAUCCACAUCGUCAGCGCCGUCAAGCUCUUCUACAAGAAGCAAUUGACCUUCUUCGUCGCCCUCCUCGUCGUCCUCACCACCCAGGUGCUCGGAUUCGGCUGGGCAGGGAUCUUCCGCCGGUAUUUGGUUGAGCCGGCGGCGAUGUGGUGGCCGCAGAAUCUCGUCCAAGUCUCCCUCUUCCGGGCGUUACAUGAGAAAGAAAAUAGGAGGAAGGGAGGAGUUACAAGGAACCAGUUCUUCAUAAUGGCCUUCACCUGCAGCUUUGCUUACUACGUUUUCCCAGAUUACCUCUUUCCCAAACUAUCAUCCUUCUCAUGGCUCUGCUGGGUAUUGCCAGCUUCAGUUUUAGCUCACCAACUCGGGUCGGGAUUCCGUGGGCUUGGGAUCGGCGCCGUGGGCUUCGAUUGGGCCACCAUUUCAGCCUACCUAGGAAGCCCACUGGCAAGCCCAUGGUUCGCUACAGCUAAUGUAGCAGUUGGCUUUACGCUCUUCAUGUAUGUCAUCACUCCUCUAGCGUACUGGCUCAACGUCUACAGAGCCAAAACGUUCCCCAUAUUCUCAGAUGGCUUGUUCAGGGGUGAUGGUCAGGAAUACAAUAUAUCCGCCAUCGUCAACUCGAACUUCCACAUCGACGUUGAUGCUUAUGAUAAGCAAGGACAUCUCUAUCUCAGCACUGUUUUUGCAAUGGUUUAUGGCUGUAAUUUUGCUUGCUUGACUGCCACGGUUGUUCAUGUCUUCCUUUUCCAUGGACGGGAUAUAUGGGAGCUGAGCAAGUCUUCCUUCCAGGACAAGCAAAUGGGUGUACACACAAAGCUGAUGAGGAAGUAUAAGCAAGUUCCAGAAUGGUGGUUCUUGUCAAUGUUGUUCUUGAACAUUGCAGCAACCAUGUUUAUAUGUGAAUUUUACAAGGAUCAGCUUCAACUGCCUUGGUGGGGCGUGCUGCUAGCUUGUGCUAUUGCAUUCUUCUUCACUCUUCCGGUUGGAAUCAUUACUGCCACGACGAAUCAGACACCAGGCCUCAACGUGAUAACAGAGUUUGUAAUUGGGUAUCUAUACCCAGGGUACCCAGUGGCUAAUGUCUGCUUCAAAGUGUAUGGGUACAUCAGCAUGAAACAGGGGAUUCUGUUUCUCCAGGACUUCAAACUUGGUCAUUACAUGAAGAUCCCACCUAGAGAUAUGUUCAUGGCACAGGUGGUUGGUGCUGUAAUAGCAGCAUUUGUUCAUCUAGGAACAACGUGUCCAUGGACAUGCCCCGGCGACCAUGUGUUCUAUGAUGCUUCUGUGAUAUGGGGCCUAAUCGGCCCGCGGAAAAUCUUCGGGGACCUCGGAUACUACUCCAACAUCAACUGGUUCUUCUUAGCCGGAGCUGUAGCUCCUGUUCUAGUUUGGCUAGCGCACAAGGCUUUCCCUGACCAGCACUGGAUCAAACUCAUUUCCCUGCCGGUGAUCUUGAGCACCACGCUCAACAUGCUGCCCGCUACUGCAGUGAAUUACACGAGCUGGGUGCUUGUUGGUUUUGCUUCAGGGUUUGUUGCUUACAGAUACUACAGGGAGUGGUGGAGUCGCCAUAACUACGUCCUGUCGGGGUCUCUUGAUGCUGGAUUGGCGUUCAUGGCGGUGCUUCUGUACCUGUGUUUGGGAAUGCAGCAUGUUAGUCUUGAAUGGUGGGGGAGCGACUCAGAUGGAUGUCCUCUGGCUUCUUGCCCGACUGCUACUGGGGUUAGUGCUAAAGGCUGUCCACUUUUCUGA